GUACGACGACAACGUUGCUGUUUUCGCGGCUAUAUACAUACACACAUACGCGUAAACAUAGAGCUACGUGCAUGCUGGUGUGCCGAGAUAACGAUAAGCCAACAACAUCGAGAGAGCAUGCGUGUAUUUAUGCAUGUGAAGUUGCAUUACAAACGUAACUCUCUCGCGAACGCAAGUAAAUAAACACUGGGAUUGAAGUGUAGUGUGUAUAACGUGCGUGUCGUGUACGGAAGACAGAGCUGGGGAUUCAUAAGCUUUUACUUCUCUCGAGCUGGGGAUGAAUACAAACACGCGUUAUAGUGGCGUGUGGAAGUGCCAUGUCGAAUAGCGAGCAGAGGAACUCUUUUUCAGAUUUUUCGAUAUACCGACGCGUUUCGAUGCUAUCGUCGAUCUUUGCAUUGGAGAUUUCUGUCUAGCAGAACACAAGGCACUGAUUGACUGAUCGCAAGAAAUGAUAAUCGUUUGAGGUCAUGCACGAUUAAACGAUUCCCUAAGAGAGAAUUCGCCUGAAGAAAAAUUCAAGUUCAAACCCGAGUAGAGAGUGAGCCGAGCGCGCUGUGACUUAUAUACCUGCACUAGCCGUUCGACAAAAGGAAAACCUACUGCGUGCUGACUUUUAACAGCCGUCGUGUGUAAUGACCGAGUUGAGAGGUUACACAACCAUCGUGACUGGGGGGGUUGUUGUCGCGCGCACGGGGUACACUUGCACUUGGACUUGCGCGCAGCGUAGGAUGCGGCCAAGGUCGUGGCAAGCGCGUACCCAUAUGCAAUUUCCCGGGAGUCGCGCUUCCGUUUACAGAUUACCGGCCGCGGAGCUGAUGAACUGCUGUUUGCCGAGUCGACCUGUGGUUAGAUCGGCUAUAAAGCUGGCGUCCGUGACUCUGACUGGUAUUUCUUCGGGUCCAUACACCGUCGAAACGUCGCCUUUUUCCCCGCAGUGUUCACACAAGUGACACACAAGAGCAGCAGGAUGAUGCAAGGCUCCCUGUGCGCACUGGUCGUCUUGUCGCUGGUCUGCCUCGUCAGGGCUGGGCCACCGGAUUGGAUCAGUGCUGAGAUCCUGGAGAUGGUGCAGUCUGAUAAGGGCAGGUGCAUGGCAGAACACGGCACAACCGAGGCGUUGAUCGACGACGUCAACAAGGGUAACCUGCCGAACGACAAAGCUAUCACUUGCUACAUGUACUGCCUCUUCGAGGCUUUUAGUUUGGUCGACGAAGAAGCGAACAUCGAGGUUGAGAUGUUGGUCGGCUUCCUGCCGGAGCACAUGCAAGCUGUGGCCAAUGAACUGAUCGACGUUUGCGCCAAGCUCGACGGUGCCGAUGUUUGCGAUAAGAUGUACGUCAUGGCCAAGUGUGUCAUGGAGAAACGUCCCGAUCUCUGGUUCAUGCUGUAAGAUGAGCGAGACUCGCGUAUACGUAGAUCUAUACCACAACAGGAACAGGACGGAUACGCGUAGGUUGAUUGAGAGAAUUGAAGAUCGAAGAUAAAUUUUUACCGGGAUAACUGAUAUUAUUUUCUUGUAUGUACAUUGUAAUAAUACGGCGUGUAAUAUACCCUAUAACUGUAACCAUGUAUUAUAUCGCAAUACAAAAACAGCAAUAAAGUUCAAUGCUUUUGGAUCGACGAUGGCCAUGAUUGACGCGCGUGUGUAUAUAUAUACACUGUACUACUUUGGAAGGAAAUAAAGUUCUUUUCAAAAUCGUC